UGUAAAGCUCUUGCAUUCCUGGUAUCUCACCAGGAUAGCUAGUAAAAUAGAAAGAACUAGACUUGAGCUGUGGCUCUGGCCUGGCCACUAGCAGUAUGAUCUUGGGCAAGUCAGUUCCUGCCUGGGUUUCACUACCUUUAAUGAGGAAGUUGAAAUAGAUGAUUUCUCAUGUCUCUUCUACUCCUAAAUUCUAUGAUUUUAGGGAGAAAAUUCCCUUCAGCAUUCCUGGGAUAUAUAUCUAAUUGUCCCAUUUAUUGUGACACUUCCCUAUUGACGAUAAAGAGGGAUGGGGAAGGCUACAAGUUCUCUUUGUAAAGAUUCCUUUUCUGGUCAAGUUUCUUCUUCAUCACUCAUGCCACUUACUCCGUUCUGGACCCUUCUUCAGUCAAACGUUCCUGUGCUUCAACCUCCAUUACCCUUGGAAAUGCCACCACCCCCACCACCACCCCCAGACUCACCUCCACCUCCUCCCCCACCACCUCCUCCUGUGGAAGAUGGUGAGAUCCAGGAGGUAGAGAUGGAGGAUGAGGGAAGCGAGGAGCCUCCUGCUCCAGGAACAGAGGAGGAUACCCCUUUGAAACCUUCAGCACAAACCACAGUUGUAACUAGCCAGAGUUCAGUUGAUUCUACCAUCUCUAGUUCUCCUUCUUCUAAAGCGAUAAAGAGGAAAGCUACAGAAAUUAGUACUGCAGUGGUUCAGAGGUCAGCUACCAUUGGUAGUUCUCCAGUUCUCUACAGCCAGUCAGCUAUGGCUACAGGUCACCAGGCAGCAGGGAUUGGAAACCAGACGACAGGAAUUGGACACCAGACAAUACCAGUUAGCCAUCCAGCAGCAGGAAUGGGUCAUCAGGCCAGAGGAAUGAGCCUUCAGUCAAAUUAUCUCGGACUAGCAGCAGCACCUACAAUUAUGAGUUAUGCUGAAUGUUCUGUCCCAAUUGGAGUGACUGCUCCAUCCCUGCAGCCUGUGCAGGCUCGAGGUGCUGUGUCUGCCACUGCCAUUAUAGAACCUCCGCCGCCACCACCUCCUCCUCCUCCACCACCACCACCACCACCAGCUCCCAAAAUUCCACCACCUGAGAAGUCAAAAAAAGGAAAGAAAGACAAGGCAAAGAAGAAUAAAACCAAAAUGCCAUCUUUGGUAAAGAAGUGGCAGAGUAUCCAGCGUGAGUUAGAUGAAGAGGAUAAUUCUAGUUCCAGUGAAGAGGACCGGGAAUCAACUGCACAGAAGCGAAUUGAAGAGUGGAAACAGCAGCAGCUGGUUAGUGGCAUGGCAGAGAGAAAUGCUAAUUUUGAAGCUCUUCCUGAGGAUUGGCGAGCAAGACUAAAGAGAAGGAAAAUGACUCCAAACACAUAGUUUUUAAAUUUAAAGAAAUUUUUAAAACUUGUUUUAUGUUCAGUUCAAAGUCUUAACCAGUUUUACUGUUGUCAGAUAACUGUAAAUGUUAUGGGGGAGAGUAUACGAAUUACCUGGGCAAAAGCAAACACAUAUAAAGUUUUCACAUUUGUGAAAUGUAAUUUUUCUGUUUUGCUGGAGGGUGAGGUGAUUGAAAUUGCUUUUACUUGGCUGCCUUUAUUCUCACACCGGCAAACUUAGCAUGCUAGGUGUAUUAACCUCAUCAGUCUUGAUAACAUGUGACUAAUGAGUAUAACACCUCUGUAGAGGACCCCCUGACAAAGUGAAGGAUUUUCCUGCCUAAUAGGCUCAUUUAGUUCCUAGUGUGGUGCGCUCUCUCGUUAACUUCUACUCCAGAACAAGUGCAAUUCAGAAGGCAGCUCUGUAUUCUACCUUGCUUGCCUGGGAUUGUCCAGAUCUCUUUCUGACCUAUUCCUCUAGUAUGCCUCCCUGAACUGUUGAGAUCUGUUAAGUGGUUUGUCUUGUGCUGUUAGGUGACCAUACUCUUUAGAGUAGUUUUUCCACAAACUCUAGAACUCAGUCAUUUCACACACACUAGGUGGCACGUUUAAAUUUUAAUACAAGCAGCAGCAGGUAUUCAUAUCCUUGAUUUUGAGAAUUUCCCCAACUAUGUGGCAGUAAAUGCAACAAUAGCCACCCUGUGUAUUUGUGUCUCCAUUGUCUUACCCUGUUCCAAAACUUACCUCCUUUCUUUGUGUGAAUGUAUCCUCCAUAAAAUUUCAGUAUUUAAAAUGCAGUUUACUGUUCUGUACUUUUUAUUGUAUCACAAUCAGGUAAAAGUCACUUUAAACUGAAGAAAAGGCAAAUUGUGUUUUAAAGCUCUUUGUAUUUCUCCAGUUUCUGACCUUGUAAAUUUGUACAUAUGCACUAAUAAAGCUUUUUUAUACUUCUGACUGGUCAUCCUUUUGCUCUUCAAAGCCUGUUAUCACCUGAUUAUGUAACCAGGACUUAUUUUAAGUCAAUUACUGUUUUUUCUAACCAAAUUUGAUGUAAGGUGCAAACAUUGAAGAACAGGUUUCAGGAAAAAGAAAAGCAGCAGGGUCUUGAGUCAGGUGAGGGGGGGUGGUGGGGCAGGGGUGGGAAAGAAGGCCUCCACUCCCAGAUGGUACUGUGUGACCUAAACUUUGGGAGCUCGUGCCCUGUCUGUAAUAUUAGCCCAUAUUUGACCUACUGUAAGUCCUGGAAAUGAUGUAAUAUGGCUCACAUCUUGAAAAAAGUAAAGGUGCUUUAUAGCUUUUCCCCUCUCGCUGCUGCUGAUAAACAAGGCACGUGGGUAUAUUCGCAUAAAAUUGACCAAAGACAAUAGUUGGAGUUUUAUCCCAGUAUGUUUCUAUGCAUAUAAUUAAAGUUUUUUUUACAUAAUAAACCAGAAUGUGUGGAUUUAAUUUGC